AUGGCAGCCCUCCCAAAAACUUACAAGGCCUUCCGUCGCACGGUUGGCACCACUCCUACCACACUCGAGCAAACUACCGAGGAGAUUCCAGCAACACUUGGUCCAAACGAUGUCCUCAUCAAGAUUCAUGCAGUAUCGCUAAACUACAGAGAUGUAGCAAUGAUGCAUGGGAAAUAUCCAGCUGAGGUCAUAGAUCGUGGGGUCCCCGCCAGUGAUUGCGCAGCAGAAGUCAUGAAAGUUGGUUCCGAGGUCCAUAACUUCAAAGUUGGGGACCCAGUUGCUCCAAUCUUUGACCUCUAUAACGUAGACGGUACAAGAGAUGAUAUAUCAGUUUUGGGAGGUGAUAUCGACGGUGUCUUGCGAGAAUAUGCCGUGUUCCACCAGGACGUGCUUUUUCACCUCCCAAAUCACCUUUCAUGGGAGGAGGGUUCAACUAUCACCUGCGCAGGUGUGACUGCAUGGACUGCUCUAGACAUGCCGAGAAACAAAGGAACCGCUCUUCUUCAAGGCACCGGCGGGGUGAGCUCUUUUGCAUUGUUAAUAUGCUUGGGUGCAGGUAUCAAACCCAUCAUUACUUCUUCCUCGGACAAGAAACUCGACAUCGCAAAAGCAGCCGGAAAAGCGGGCGAGGUCGAAACGAUUAACUAUCGCACGUAUCCUAAGUGGGAAGAAGAGGCUAUCAAGCUCACGAAUGGCCGGGGAGUUGACAUUGUGGUCGAUAACGUGGGACCGACACAAGCUGCUCAGAGUCUUACUGCUCUCGCAAGAAGAGGUGUGCUUUCUAUGGUCGGAUUUUUAGGCGGUCUUAAAGCGGAUCAGACCCCAGAUCUGUUCUCUCCAACUCUGCAAAAGUCCUUGGUUAUAAGGGGAAUAAUGGUUGGCGACAAGAAAGACCACCGAGACGUUUGCGACUUCUUGGAAGCGAAGAAAAUUGAUCUGAAAGGAAUUAUAGAUCCAGGCGUAUUUUCGUUCAACGACUCUCAAGCCGCGUUUGACGCGCUCUAUGAUGGAACUAAGCACCAGGGUAAGAUUGUUAUCAGGAUUUAG